AUGGUUCGUGUAGAAACAGAAUAUAUCAGCGUUGGCGGCAACCGCCAUCCUGGUGCUGCCGAUUGGGAUGUUCGCUCAGGUGUGCUCGCAUAUGGUGCAGACAACAAUGUAGCUCUAUGGGCACCAAAGUUCCAUCGCGGAGUUCAUGCAUUGCUCGUCGGCCACCGCGACAAAGUCAGCGCCGUCCGCUUCCUCGCUCACCCCAAAUCUAAACGCAGCUUGCUCAUUACCGGAUCCGUGGACCACUCAAUCCGAGUCUGGGAACCGAUCGAACAAUCGUCAUCGUAUACAUGCGUCUGCGAGCUUACCGGUCAUACGGGUACUGUCAACACAAUCGCCAUAGAUAAUUCCUCGAAUGUGUUCGCGUCCGGAGCUGCUGACGGCACAGUCAGGGUUUGGAGACUCGAUAUUCAGGAUGACAAAGUGUCCGGUCGGCUAGUACAGACGAUACCAAUGAAACCCAAAUUCUUCCCUUUGACCAUGGCUAUUCAAGUGCUGGACGCCGGGGACGCAAAGAAACCAAUGGUCAUGGCUGUUGGAGGCACAAUCAACCAUGUACAUGUAUUCUCUGCGCAGGAUACCACUACUCCAGAAACAGAUUUUACCUGGAAUGCUAAAUUGUCUGGUCACGAAGCUUGGGUUAGAUCACUUACCUUCAGAAAGUUCGACAACGAUUACAUCCUAGCAUCGGCCAGUCAGGACAAGUACAUCCGUUUAUGGAAAGUCCAUCGUGGUGAGAUAGUGCCUGCUAUUCCCAAAGAUGAGGAUGAAAUGAUUCUUGGAGGAGAUGAACCUACACUAUCCAACAAGGCACAUACUUUUACCGCUUCUGGUGUGACUUAUUCCAUAACCUUUGAGGCGUUAUUGCUCGGUCAUGAAGAUUGGAUAUAUACAGUGAACUGGAGUCCUUCGACCGAGAAAGCACAGCUUCUAUCCGCAUCUGCAGAUAAUUCCUUGACGAUAUGGGAACAAGAUCCGACAACGGGCGUGUGGGUCACGAUGGAGCGAAUGGGAGAGUUCAGUGUGACAAAGGGCUCGACUACGGCCACCGGUAGCACUGGUGGGUUUUGGAUUGGUCUCUGGUCUCCUGAUGGCAACGAAGUCGUGAGUCUGACUCGAACGGGUAGUUGGAGAGUAUGGGCACAUGAUGAAGAGUCGGAUAUUUGGCAGCAACGACUGGGUGUCAGUGGACAUAUUCGUUCUGUUAACGAUAUUCAAUGGGAUGCACAGGGUGCAUAUCUUCUAUCUACAAGUUCUGAUCAGACUAGUCGACUCUACGCUGAGUGGCUACGGGAUGGAGAGUCAUCAUGGCAUGAAUUCUCUCGGCCGCAGAUUCAUGGAUAUGAUCUCAACUGCAUAGAUACGCUAGGACCAGCAAGAUUCGUCUCUGGUGCUGAUGAAAAGCUUCUGCGUGUGUUCAAUGAGCCAAAGCAAAUUGCUCAAUUAUUGGGAAGUCUCAGCGGUAUAGCGCAGAAUGAAGAAGAAUUGCCAGAGGCGGCCAACAUUCCCGUUCUCGGUCUCUCGAAUAAGGCUGUUGGGGAAGAUAUCACAAUAACAGACGACCAACUUGGUGGGCAAAGGAACGAUCAAGCAGAACAACAGACGGCGCCGGUAUCUCUACCAAUGCAUCAACCUCCCUUGGAAGACCACCUAUCUCGACAUACAUUAUGGCCAGAGCAUGAAAAACUAUACGGCCAUGGAUACGAAAUAUCAGCAGUUGCAGUUAGCCAUGACCGUUCUUUGAUUGCCACAGCAUGCAAAGCCAGUUCCAUCGACCAUGCCGUCAUUCGACUGUACGAUACGAAAAAUUGGCGUGAAAUCAAGCCUUCUCUAAUCGCUCAUUCGUUGACUAUAACCUCACUUUGCUUUUCUCCUUCUGACAAGUACUUGCUGAGUGUGGGACGUGAUCGUCAAUGGGCGAUUUUCAAGCGAGAUGACGAGGAGCUGUCUACUUAUACUCUUCUCAAAUCGAAUCCUAAGGCUCAUUCGCGUAUGAUACUUGAUGCAGCAUGGGCUCCCUCAUUGGGACAACAAGCAGUAUUUGCGACUGCAGGUCGUGACAAGUGUGUGAAAAUAUGGCGUGAGACAGCUUCAUCAGAUGCAUUUGAGUGUAUAUCGACUAUUACACUUAAGACCGCCGUCACUGCCGUGUCGUUUCACACAGAGAUUCUCCCUGGCGGUCUAUUACUGGCUGUUGGUGAGGAGACCGGACAAAUAUCGGUGCACAAAGUAGCGGUGGACAGUCUGGAAGCUCAAGAGCUGGUUACUCUAGAUGUAUCUUCUACUCCGUCCAAGUCAAUCACGCAACUCACAUGGCGGCCUGGGCAAUCAUCAACUUCGAAGGACGGAAAUGUACUUCUUGCAGUUGCAAGCGAGGACUCGUCUGUGCGUAUAUAUAGAGUUGCUGAUGUAGUAUAG